AAAGCUGCAGCUGCGAAAAGUAAAACAACUGUUGAAAAUGUUAGUUACGAAAAAGGGGUUGAUAACUCCUUGAAGAUGACUGACUGCGAUGGUCACAAGUCACUGGACCAGGAUGAGUACUCGUAUGCCUAUACRAAUGCAAUAACACUUGGCAGAAGAAACAUGUCGAAUGGUCACCCUAAUAAAGGUCCACAAAAUACAGUGUCCAAUGAUGGUAAGGUUGAGGGUUUGGACAAGCAUGGUUCUGUAUUUCAUCCCAGUGCAGGGCCUGUUUUCAAAGUACUUGAAGCUCCACAAUAUGCUGAGGUUAAUAAUCCCAAAAACGAAGUUAAAAAUCGACCUUAUUUUGAUAGUGCAAUGUACAACAAAAAGGUAGUGAAAGCGCAAAAGGCAAACAGCCAGAAAGAGCCUUUGUACGAUGUCCUUGAAGAUCCAGGAUCUUUGAAUGAACCUCUCGAGGAACGAGAGGCUCCUUGUUAUCAGGUUCUGGAGGGGCCAUUUCCAGAGGGUGCUCCAUUGUAUGACGUCAUUGCGCAGCCACCAUCAAGUGAUAACCCAAGUGAUGAUACCAAAAGAAAUGUUAAACAAGCUUGCAAUUAUAGUGUCACCUUAUAUGAUUCCGUUGGGGAAGUAAUCAAUGACACAUCUGAUAUCUAAGCUUAUC